AUAAAAUAUAAUUUUUGAGGUCCUGGGCUAUGGCCCUCGAAUUAUGUGGGUACAAAAAUUGUAUUUUUACUUUCAAUUUUAUAAUUAUUAUUGCACAGGUAUCACAAAAAGAAUAUCAGGAACAAGGUGAUAAAUUGAAAUGAAUCCAAUUUUAUUGUGGCUAAAUUUAUUAUUAAAUUGUACUAUGAUACAUGUCCAACAAAUUCAUGAAAGCACGACGUUCAGACUGGGGGAAUCGGGAAUCACAAGUUGUGUACUUGCCUCUCAAAUACUUGACUUAUUUUAUUAACAUUUUCGUUAUGCUCAUUUGAGCAUAAGUGCCCACCUACAAAAAAAUAUUAAACCCUUCAACGCCCUGUAUCUCUAAAACUAUGUUUAUUUGAACUUUCAAUAAUAGUUGUAUUAUCAAAUUAAUUAGUUGUUUGCUUCAGAUUCACUACUUUUCAAUAUAAUUUUUAAUUUAAUUAAGUAGAAUGUCAAAAAAUAAACCAUUAUUUUUCUCUUUUUAACAAUCCUGAAUUGAGUGUUUUUAAACAAAAUAAUUUUAGGUUAACACUGGCAAAAACUGUGUUGUCCUUCAAAGACCAGGAUAAGCAGUAAAAUCAAAGUUUUUAUAAAAUUACUUAAAGAAAAAAUCGUCCAGAGUGAAGAUAAAGCAGUUAGUGUCACAAUGGUCAUCCUUCUUAAACUUGAUAGCAUCUCAUUUAAAAAAGGAAGGUUUUCACUUUGAUCAAUUCAAUAGCCAAGUCCCAGUGCUCAAAAGAAUGAAAAUGGUCGACAGGUUAAAUAAUCCAAAUAACAAUAUGAAAAUUAUCUUGCUUUCCCUAACUGCUGGUGGUGUGGGAUUGAAUUUGGUGUGGGCCAAUCAUUUAAUACUUCUGGAUUUACAUUGGAAUCCACAACUGGAGAAACAGGCCCAAGAUAGAAUAUACAGAGAUGGUCAGGAGAAACCGGUAUUUGUUUAUAAAUUUAUAAUGAUGAAUACCAUAGAAAAAAGAUUUUUAGACCUCCAGGAAAAAAAAUAGUAUGUUGACUGGAAGUAGCCAGGUCAAUAAAAAUAAGUUAACUCUACAAGAUUUAAAAAUGUUACUUGAAAUGUAAAUAAUUUUAUCUGUGAAAUCAUCGCUUGAGAUGUAAUUUUCUAUUAGUUUUGAGUAUUACACAUUUGAAAUUUUUAUUGUUCAAUAACGAAGACAAUUCUAGCCAAUUUUUGUUCUCCAUACGGCUUAUUGGGAUAUUAGAUAGUAUUGCACAAGCUAGAAUUAAAUAGGACAAGAUAGUUGUUGGUGAACUUUUAGUAUACUCGUCUUCAUUACUUACAUGUAUAAUAUCUUCAUUUUCUUUAACAGAAUCAUCAGUGCUAGAUAAAAUAAUAUGUUCUAUUUCUAUAGGUGUAUCAUUCUCUGUAGUUUGUAUUUUCUUAUACCGCCCUAUUAUUGAAGUAUGAAUGUUAUCUUCAGCAUUUUUCUCUGCCUUAGAACUUGAUGAAGCUAUGUUGUCAUCAGAAUUACGGUUCUCACUGGCGAUUUUUUACUUUCCUAUCUGUAUACAGAUAUAAGGAAAGUAUAGGAAUCAUAAUUUUUUUCUACCUCGAGUUUUCGACGGAUUUUUACGUUUUGAGGUCCCCUGAAUCCGUUUUGACUAUUUUCGCGAUGAUGUGUGUGUGUCCCAUAACUCAUGAACCGAUACACAGAAAAACACCAAAUUUUAAACUUAAACUUUGUUCUAGCGUCCAAUGAGCUGAUUAGAUUUUGGGCAGAGUCGGAACAUCUGGGGGGUACUUUAUAGGUGGUCAUUUUUAUAUUUUAUGGAAUAUAUCUGUUAUUUACGUUUGGGGAAG